GUAAAUGUUCACUUGGCUACUUGACAACUGAUUAGAGAACAAAAUGAAUAACUCAACAAACUCCUCUAAUAAUGGCCUGGCUCUUACUAGUCCUUAUAAGACAUUUGAAGUGGUGUUUAUCGUCCUUGUGGCUGGAUCCCUCAGUUUGGUGACCAUUAUUGGGAACAUCCUUGUCAUGGUUUCCAUUAAAGUCAACCGCCACCUCCAGACCGUCAAUAAUUACUUUUUGUUCAGCCUAGCCUGUGCUGACCUCAUCAUAGGUGUUUUCUCCAUGAAUUUGUACACCCUCUACACUGUGAUUGGCUACUGGCCUUUGGGACCUGUGGUGUGUGACCUUUGGCUAGCCCUGGACUAUGUGGUGAGCAAUGCUUCAGUUAUGAAUCUGCUCAUCAUCAGCUUUGACAGGUACUUCUGUGUCACAAAACCUCUGACCUACCCAGUCAAGCGAACCACAAAAAUGGCAGGGAUGAUGAUCGCAGCUGCCUGGGUCCUCUCCUUCAUUCUCUGGGCUCCAGCCAUUCUCUUCUGGCAGUUCAUUGUCGGGGUGAGAACUGUGGAGGAUGGUGAAUGCUACAUUCAGUUUUUUUCCAAUGCUGCUGUCACCUUUGGUACUGCCAUCGCAGCCUUCUACCUGCCAGUGAUUAUCAUGACUGUGCUCUAUUGGCACAUAUCCCGAGCCAGCAAGAGCAGGAUCAAGAAAGAAAAGAAGGAGCCUGUGACCAAUCAAGACCCUGUUUCCCCAAGUUUGAUACAAGGAAGGAUAGUAAAGCCAAACAACAACAACAUGCCCAGCAAUGAUGAUGGCCUUGAGCACAACAAAAUCCAGAAUGGAAAAGCCCCCAGAGAUGCUGUGACUGAAAACUGUGUCCAGGGGGAGGAGAAAGAGAGCUCUAAUGACUCCACCUCAGUCAGUGCUGUCGCCUCUAAUAUGAGAGAGGAUGAAAUAACCCAGGAUGAAAACACAGUUUCCACUUCCUUAGGCCAUUCCAAAGAUGAGAACUCUAAGCAAACAUGCAUCAAAAUUGUCACCAAGACCCAGAAAGGUGACUCAUGUACCCCAUCUAAUACCACUGUGGAGCUGGUUGGGUCUUCAGGUCAGAAUGGAGAUGAAAAACAGAACAUUGUAGCCCGCAAGAUUGUGAAGAUGACUAAGCAACCUGCAAAAAAGAAGCCUCCUCCUUCCAGGGAAAAAAAAGUCACCAGGACAAUCUUGGCUAUUCUGUUGGCUUUCAUCAUCACUUGGGCCCCGUACAAUGUCAUGGUGCUCAUUAAUACCUUCUGUGCACCCUGCAUCCCCAACACAGUGUGGACAAUUGGUUAUUGGCUCUGUUACAUCAACAGCACUAUCAACCCUGCCUGCUAUGCACUUUGUAAUGCCACCUUCAAGAAGACCUUUAAACACCUUCUCAUGUGUCACUACAAGAACAUAGGCGCCACCAGGUAAACCACCCCUGAAAAGAAGGAAGGUGGCCAAUGGGAGCUUGGGAAGAAUAAGAGGGAUAGAAAAGCUCCUACUUUAAAAACCUCUGCCAUUGCACUUUACAGUCUUAUUAUGGAACGUGCAAUUAAGGAGCCCAGCAGGGACACUCUUACCAUGCUGACACUCCAGUUUCUGAAACUUGCACCUUACAAACUCUGUCAGUUUAAGAGCAAUGUGUCAUUGAAAGAGACGUGUUGGAAUUGUGGAUUUAAGGGGUGAUUUAUGUUUUCUCAUACUCUCUUGAAGAAGGGCUUCUGAAUCUACAAUUUUAUCAGUCUCUGCACAAGAAGAAUAACCUCAUCCCUCUUUCAUUUCUUGUUGUUGUUGUUCUCAUGCGUCCAUAGAGGAUGAAAUCCCACAGUUACAUGCUGACACAGAGAUGUAAAUAUAAAGAAGUAGGUACCCAACAGUGUAGAAGUGAAGAAGGAACAUUAAAAAGGAUGUAGGCAUGAUCUCCAGAGAGUUCCACGUAUUCCUUUUGUUAUGGUUAUUUGGAGGAUUGCAAUGUAAUAAAUGUUUAUUUUUUCUAUCUUUCCCUUUUUUCCACCGUACAAAGAAAGCAAACAACCA